UUGCCGAGUCAUGGAUAGAUGUUGUUUGACACACACGCUACAAGGACAACCACCUCAGCGGCGCAGCGCGGACACCGUGUUAUGUAUGACUUUCACUCUCAGCACUCAGGCGCUAUAUAUAAAGUGUGUUGAGGCUGUUUGCAGCCGACUGCGCUGUAUUAGCUGUUAGCUAAUAGUUUUUAGCGGACGUGCUAGCUAACCUCUGUUACUGACAAGUGGAGUGUCUGCAACGCGUGAGGGUGACAGCAGCAACAGCCUGGUAAACAAGCUGCAGCCAUGGUGGUACUGCAGAGCUACUGCGAAACCAAUUUCUCCAUCUCCCACACCUGGGUGGAUGAAGGGAUCUCCCCCUGCUUCUACUUCACACUGGUCCCCACCAUCCUGCUCACCUUCGCCUUCUUCCUGGGCACCAUCCACUGCAUAUUCUACCAGAAGUAUGGCACAGCAAUGGAACCCAAGUUCAUCCCACGCUCCCGCCUCUACGGUUUCCAGCAGGCCAUCUCCGUCCUUCUCCUCGUCCAGUUUCUGAGUGGAAUGGUGUGGCGGGCUGCCAGUGGAGGAGAGCUCCCAGGCUAUGUGGUGCUGUACGGCUGCUUCUCUGCCCUGGCAUGGGCCUGGGCCAUAGCCCUGCUCAGGGUGGAGAGACGGAGGGUGCUGGUGAUGGACCGGACAAGGGGGCACAGCACAGUCCUGCUGCUGUUCUGGGCUGUGGCUUUCUCAGCUGAGAACUUGGCUUUCGUCUCCUGGUAUAGUCCUCACUGGUGGUGGGGGCUGGAGAACAAUCAACAGCAGGUGCAGUUUGCCCUGUGGUUGAUGCGCUACAUUUUCACCGGGCAGCUCUUCUUCAUUGGUCUCAAAGCACCGGGGUUGCCACGGAGACCAUACAUGUUACUGAUAAACGAAGAUGAGCGGGAUGUAGAGAACAGUGGACAGAGCCUGUUGGGCAGAACAGAAGACAACCAGUCUACCUGGCAGGGUUUCAGAAAGAAGGUCCGUCUGCUUGUUCCCUACAUGUGGCCCAAAGGCGACAUCUUUCUCCAGCUGCUGGUCAUCUUCUGUUUACUGCUGCUGGGAGUUGAGAGGGCUAUUAAUGUCUUUGUGCCCAUUUACUACAAGAAUAUUGUGAAUGAACUGACUGAUGGCAGCAGCUGGCACGCUGUGGCCACCACAGUGUGUAUUUAUGUCCUGCUCAAGUUCCUGCAGGGUGGAGGGGCAGGUGCCUCAGGCUUUGUCAGCAACCUGCGCUCUUUCCUGUGGAUCCGGGUGCAGCAGUUCACCAACCGCGUGGUUCAGGUGCGUCUGUUUGCCCACCUGCACGCCCUCUCCCUGCGCUGGCAUCUGGGCCGUAAAACCGGCGAAGUGCUGAGAAGCAUCGACCGCGGCACCUCCUCCAUUAACAGCUUGCUCAGCUACAUAGUGUUCAGCAUCUUCCCAACCAUCGCUGAUAUUGUCAUCUCUAUCAUCUAUUUCAUCACGUAUUUCAAUGCCUGGUUUGGCCUUAUCGUCUUCAUCUGCAUGGGCCUGUACCUCACUUUGACCAUCAUCAUCACUGAGUGGAGGACCAAGUUCAGACGAGACAUGAAUCAGCAGGACAACAAUGCCAAGUCCAAGGCUGUGGACUCCUUGUUAAACUUUGAGACGGUAAAAUACUAUAAUGCAGAGAACUAUGAGGUCGGGCGUUUUGAGGAUACCAUCUUAAAAUAUCAGUCGUCAGAGUGGAAGACCCAGGCGUCCUUGGCUCUCCUCAACCAAACGCAGAACUUCAUCAUCGGGUCGGGCCUGCUGGCCGGCUCCUUGCUCUGUGCUUACUUCGUGACUGAAGGAAAGUUCCAGGUUGGAGAUUUUGUCCUCUUUGGUACCUACAUCAUCCAGCUAUACACCCCCCUCAACUGGUUUGGAACCUACUACAGAAUGAUCCAGAAUUCUUUCAUUGACAUGGAAAACAUGUUUAAACUUUUUGAGGAAGAGGAAGAGGUGAAAGAUGCAGUAAAUGCAGGGAAUCUUCUCUACAAACUGGGAAGAGUGGAGUUUGAGAAUGUUUACUUCAGCUACACAAAUGGCAAGGAGAUUCUCAAGGACAUUUCCUUCACUGUACUGCCAGGACAAACCGUCGCUCUGGUUGGGCCGUCAGGAUCUGGGAAGAGCACCAUCAUUCGACUGCUCUUCCGUUUCUAUGACGUUCAGGGAGGAUGCAUUCGCGUCGAUGGCCAGGAUAUAGCAAAAGUGAAGCAGACAUCUCUGCGAGCUCAUAUCGGCGUGGUUCCCCAGGAUACCGUGCUUUUCAACGACAACAUCCGAGAUAAUAUUCGCUACGGUCGCAUCUCAGCUAGUGACCAGGAGGUGGAGGAGGCUGCUAUAGCUGCUGAUAUCCACGAUAAAAUCGUGGCCUUCCCUGAAGGUUAUGACACACAAGUGGGUGAAAGAGGUCUGAAACUGAGUGGAGGAGAAAAGCAGCGAGUGGCCAUUGCCAGAACAAUCCUUAAAGCGCCACAGAUCAUCCUGCUGGAUGAGGCCACAUCAGCGCUGGACACUCAAACAGAACGCAACAUCCAGGCCUCACUGGCUAAAGUCUGCACUAAUCGCACAACCAUUGUUGUAGCUCACAGGUUGUCCACCAUCAUCGGAGCAGACCAGAUUCUUGUUAUAAGCGACGGUCAGAUAGCUGAGCGAGGCGGACACGAGGAGUUGCUACUUAAGGGAGGCUUGUAUGCAGACAUGUGGAUGAAGCAACAGCAGGCGCAGGACUCAGAUUCCUCGUCAGACACAGAAGCCAAAGAUCGCAAGUCUGAGAAACUGCAGCCACCAACAACUUCUUCAGGCCACCACGGCCACUGAACGUAGUUUCUUUGUUUUGUUUUAAAAGAGAACUCUACAUUUUAAUUCCUCGUUUUCAUUGUAAAUAGUUAAUAGAUUAUUCCAAAGAGAUGAAACAGUCAGAUAGAUGAAAAUGUUAUUUAUUUGUAGAAUUUUUCAACUGAAUGUGCAAUGGCAGGUCAGGGAGAAAAGGGAAGGUGCCUUAACAAAACUGAGGAGGUAUAAACACGCUAUUAAAAGACAUUUGUUUUUAUACCCAGAGUAAGUAGUUGUGAUUAUGCCUGAGGUGGCACUCUGAGUGUUUGCCCGAUCUUGGUUUGAGGAUGUUGUUAUUUUUAGAAGCAUGUGUACCACCUUUUUAAAUAUUGUCUUUGUUUUUUUUUUAUAUUUAAACAGACUUUUGUUAGUUUGUGCUGCCUCGUAAAGGAGAGUUGCAAGAAAUGAGGGAAUAAAAACACUAAUCACAGUCUCAACACUGCACCUUGUUCAGCUGAUGAUUCUUUUUCCCUCCAAAUUAUAUUGUGUUAAUGACAAUUGGUUGGUGUACAAGCUGUCAGGGUUUUUAUUCAGCUUUGUUUGAUUUCUGAGCUCCGCUGGUAUUUAAAGUGACAGUUUUUUUUACGUGUAAGCAUCUGUAUACUUUUGAUCACUAAGAUAAAGUGGGAUGUUGUUGAUCAUCUGAAUCAUUGUGUUAUCUAAAUUGUCAAGGAUUAAUGAUUACACAAGAAGUUAAGGUAAAAUGUGGUAAUCUUGUGAUUUUUUUUGUGUGUGUGUGUUUUAAGCUGACUGGAUGAUUUACAUAUAAAGCUGUACAAUCCAUGUCUACCUGUCACUGGCAGUUAAAGACAAUAGACCUUUCUCAUGGUAGGCAUCCUGACUUGGUAUAAGGAUGUACUGGAGCCAAGUUAUCAGUUAGAUCUCUGCUUAUGUAUGUAUCCAUGGCCAGUGCAGCAGAAACAUGCACCAUUAUUCUCACAUAACAUAAUAUAUAAGCAUAUACAAUCAUAUACAUUAUUUCUGAAUAAGAAUUUGAUGUCUUACAUCUA